AUGUUAAGGUGGAACUGUACAGAUCGAGCGCUGAUACAGAAUACCAAAAGUAAAGCCACACAGGAUUUGAGACAUGGUGAAGUGACUUGGAAUUUACCUGUCACCGUGCAAAGUUUAUGCAACGUGGACGUGCUCUAUUUUCCAUUCGAUCACCAAAUCUGUGACAUACGAAUGGGUUCGUGGAUCUACGAUAAAUCCCAGUUCGAACUUCGUCUAGCCAAUCAGACCGAUCCGAGUAUUAUGCUGAAUGGAAUUAUGGAGAAUGUGGAACUUGGCAUCCCGGAGGCCAAAUUCUUUGUCCAUGAUCGAAUCACGGUAGAUGGAAUGAAAUUCUCUCAGGUCACACUUCGUAUUCAUAUCAAACGACGUGCCCUGUUCUACGGUUACACUGUUAUUGCUCCCAGCAUACUACUAUGCGUAUUAACCAUGUUCAGCUUUUGGUUACCCAGCGGGAACGCGAAAAAAAUUGACAUUGGUUUGACGGUAUUCUUAUUCCUGUAUUUCUUACAAGUGCUCAUCGCGGAGAACACACCGGAAUCCAAUUCCACGCCCCUAAUUGGUACAUUUCUGACAAUGGUGAUGACCCUAAAUUCAUUGUCCUUGAUCGCUGCCACAUGGGUGCUGUAUUUACAUGUACAGAGCAAACAAAAUCCCUGUCCCGCACCGCCGACCACACUGUGGAUAAUCACCUCGCGAGUUCUCGGCAAACUUACUCGCACACCUUAUAGUCGGGAACAGGAAAAACUCUAUCUGGAGCUAUAUUCAAAAAUGUCGGCAUCCAACGGGGUCGAGGGGAAGAAGAUGAAAAACGAUAUAAAUGAACGAAGUGAACAGGAAUCAUCGAUCAUUCAGAUGGUACAUUGGUUGCACAUUGCCACUGUGGCUGAUCGAUUGUUAUUUCAAAUUUAUCUGGGUGCUACACUUGUUUGUGUGUUCAUAUUUCUCAUCUAUGCACCUAUCUCUUACGAUGUGAAAAUAUGA